CCUAGAAUCCAAGAUGGCGGCCACGGAGUCGGAAGAGGUUCCGUCUAUCUCGAAGUUUUUAAUGGACUGUUCGCCGAAGGACAUCGCCUUGAACUGGCUUCAAGCAACAGAUUUGACCAAGGAUGUGUAUCAUCACCUUGCCUAUUUUGUACCAAAGAUUUAUUGCAGAGACUCCAACCCCAAUCCACUUAAUGAAGAAAUGUUAGCUCAACAUAUUCUAUUGGAACCGUUAGAAUGGUACCUUUGUGGAGAGGAUCCAGCUAUGGGAAUUAUCAAACUUGAAAAGGCGAAUAAGUCAUCACAGCUCUGCGGACGUGUUUUCAAAAUUGGAGAGCCUACCUAUUCGUGCAGGGAUUGUGCAGUAGAUCCAACUUGUGUGCUAUGCAUGGAAUGCUUCUUGGCCAGCGUGCACAGAGAACAUAGAUAUAGGAUGACGACAUCAGGUGGAGGGGGUUUCUGUGACUGUGGAGACACUGAAGCCUGGAAACAAGGUCCAUAUUGUCAAAAACAUGAACCUUCUGGCUCAGAAGCUCUGGAAGAGGAUCCACUGGAGCAUUUAUCGGAAGACAUAAUUGGACGUGCCCAUAAUAUUUUCGCAAUUGCAUUCAAAUAUGCAGUAGAUAUGCUAACAUGGGUAGAGGAAGAGAGACUGCCUUCCGGAUUAGAGCCACUGGAAAAGGAAGACACUUAUUAUUGUAUGUUAUUUAAUGAUGAAGUCCAUACUUACGAGCAGGUGAUUUACACCUUGCAGAAGGCUGUGAACUGUACACAAAAGGAAGCUGUUAGUUUUGCCACUACUGUGGAUAGAGAUGGUCGUAGAUCAGUUCGAUAUGGUGACUUCCAAUAUUGUGAGCAAGCUAAAACAGUAAUAGUGAGGAAUACUAGUCGACAAACCAAACCGCUAAAGGUGCAAGUGAUGCAUUCAUCUGUUGUUGCACAUCAGGCAUUUGCCAUAAAGUUGUUAAUAUGGCUGAGCCAGGUGAUUGGUUAUUCCGGUGGAUUGAGGCGAAUAUUGUGUCAAGUAGGGUUACAACAAAGACCAGAUGAGGACCAUUCUUCUCUCAUUGAUAAAUUGAUGCUGAGUGACUCAAAAUUAUGGAAAGGAGCACGAAACAUAUAUCACCAGUUAUUUAUGAGCAGCCUUCUGAUGGAUCUGAAAUAUAAAAAACUAUUUGCAGUCCGAUUUGCAAAAAGCUAUGAGAGGUUGCAGACUGACUAUGUGAAUGAUGACCAUGAAAGAGAGUUCUCGGUUACCGAUCUCUCAGUGCAAAUUUUCACAGUGCCUUCCUUGGCACGCGUGCUGAUAACAGAAGAAAACCUCAUGACAACCAUAAUUCAAACUUUCAUGGAUCACCUGAUGAGACAGCGAGAUUCUCAUGGUAGAUUUCAGUUUGAAAGAUAUACAGCCAUACAGGCCCUCAAAUUCAGGAGGGUACAAAGUCUCAUUGGUGAUUUGAAGUACGUAUUGGUUAGCAAACCAACCGAGUGGACGGACAAACUACGAGAGAAAUUUCUGGAAGGUUUUGAAGUCUUCUUGCAGCUUUUAAAGCGUAUGCAGGGAAUGGAUCCAGUAACAAGACAAGUAGGUCAACACAUAGAGAUGGAACCCGAGUGGGAGGCAGCAUUUACCUUGCAGAUGAAACUCACGCAUAUUAUUUCAAUGAUGCAGGAAUGGUGUGCCUCAGAUGAAAGAGCACUUAUUGAAGCAUACAGGAAGUGUUUGAUUGUUUUAUUACAAUGCCAAAUUGGGCCUAGUGAUGGUGAGCAGCCUAUCACAUUGAACAUGUGUGGGCAUUCUUUGGAUAGUGUACAGUAUCGUGUGUCUCAACAUCAAGUCAGCAUCCAUUUGCCAGUUUCUCGUUUGUUUUCAGGAUUGCAUGUGCUCUUGAGCAAAACAGAAGUGGCGUACAGGUUUCCAGAAUUGUUGCCGCUUAGCGAGUUGAGCCCACCACUGCUCAUAGAACAUCCACUUCACUGUAUGGUACUUUGUGCACAAGUUCAUGCUGGAAUGUGGAGGAGAAAUGGAUUUUCCUUAGUCAAUCAGAUCUACUAUUAUCACAAUGUAAAAUGCAGAGUUGAAAUGUAUGACAAAGACUUAAUAAUGCUCCAGGCAGGAGCAUCUAUGAUGGAUCCAAAUCAUUUUCUCAUGAUUGUGCUUUGUCGAUUUGAGCUUUUCCAUAUAUUUAACAAUCCUCACUAUGGAAAAAGAUUCAGCUCUGAACACACCAACAAGGAUGUUCUGCAACAAAACAAUAUUCUAAUUGAAGAAAUGCUUCACCUGAUCAUGAUGGUAGUUGGAGAGCGAUAUACUGCAGGAGUUGGCCAAGUGUCACCUGAAGAUGAAAUCAAACGUGAAAUUGUCCAUCAGCUAUGCAUAAGACCAAUGGCACAUAGUGAGCUGGUCAAAGCCUUGCCAGAAGAUGAGAACAGAGAAACUGGAAUGGAGAAGGUCAUUGAAUCUGUCGCUUAUUUCAAGAAACCAGGUUUAACAGGAAGAGGCCUUUAUGAGCUAAAACGUGAAUGUGCCAAGGAAUUUAACGUUUUCUUUUACCAUUAUUCCAGGGCUGAUCAAUCUAAGGCUGAAGAAGCUCAGAGAAAGUUAAGGAAGCAGAAUGGAGAAGACACAGCUCUUCCACCUCCUGUACUUCCUCAGUUUUGCCCUUUGUUUGCCAGCCUGGUAAACCUCCUUCAGUCAGAUGUCUACUUGUACAUUCUGAGGACAGUGUUGCAGUGGGUUGUGGAGCCGAAUGGACAUGCAUGGACUGAGAGCAUGUUACAGAGGGUUUUGCACUUGAUUGGAAUGGCUUUACUUGAAGAGAAACAACAAUUAGAAAGUGCGAAUGAAGACAGUGAUUUUACUUUUAACUUCACAUCAAAAGUUUCACGUCCUGGGGAAGCUCCAGAAAACUCACCUAGUAUUUUGGCAAUGCUGGAAACCUUGCAAAAUGCUCCCCAUUUAGAGGUUUAUAAGGACACGGUCAAAUGGAUACUUAAGCUUUUUAGACUUAUUAAAAAGUUGAGAGAGCGGAAUAACUCGGCACCCGUCAUGGAGGUAGAAGGGCACAGUGUGGAUGAGCGUUUGCGAGAUAAAGAUAAAGCCGAUCGAAAGCGGAAAGCUGAAAUUGCUCGUCUGCGUCGAGAGAAGAUAAUGGCUCAAAUGUCAGAAAUGCAGAGGCAUUUUAUAGAUGAAAAUAGGGAAUUAUUUCAACAAACGUUAGAAGAACUAGAAGCUUCAUCUUCCACAGCACCUGACAUCAGCCCAAUAGUUCCUGAUGCAGCAUUGAUUGCUUUGGGUCCGAAACAAACAAAGGUUUUUGAUAAGAAGCAAAUUGUAACCUGUAUCUUGUGUCAAGAAGAACAAGAGAUUAAACUGAACAGCAAAGCAAUGGUUUUGGCAUCUUUUGUUCAAAGGUCAACAGUCUUAUCUAAGAACAGGUCGAGAACCAUUCAAGAUCCAGAAAACUAUGAUCCAUUGUUCAUGCAGCCAGAUUUGGCCUGUGGCACCCACAUUGGUAGCUGUGGACAUAUCAUGCAUGCCCACUGUUGGCAGAGUUACUUUGGUGCAGUUCAAGCAAAAGAGCAAAGGAGACAGCAGAGAUUAAGGGUGCAUACGAGCUACGAUGUGGAGAAUGGAGAAUUUCUUUGUCCUCUGUGUGAAUGUUUGAGCAACACUGUUAUACCUUUACUUCCUUUGUCUUGGAGCCUACAGAGCAGUGACAAUUCAAGAAGCUUUUCGGGUAUCCCUGUAUUAUCCCAAUGGCUAAAAUGUACUUUGCAACAGUCGAAGGUCCUGAAGAAAAUCGAUGAAAAGCAGCCAAUAUCUGCAGAUAACACCAAUGCCAGCCUAGAAGGAAUUGAACCCCUUGACAGAUUUCGACCUGAUGUAAAACCAAAGAAUCCUUAUUCAGAUAGCAUCAAGGAGAUGCUUACAACAUUGGCUACAGCAACAUACAAAGUGGGGCUGAAGGUUCAUCCCAACGAUCAGGACCCACGUGUUCCUAUACUGUGCUGGGGAGGCUGUGCAUACACAAUUCAAACAACAGAGCGUUUCCUGGCAGAUGAAGAAAAGCCACUCUUUGGUCAUCUGCCAUGCAGACAGGACGACUGUUUAAAGGCCCUAACCCGAUUUGCUGCAUCACACUGGACUGUGAGUUUUCUAUCUGUGGUUCAGCAACACUUUGCUCGACUGUUAGCAGUUCUGGUACCUGAUGACAAUAAGACGCAGAUUCCUCCAUCUAUUCUUGAUGUUGACAUGUUCCAUUUAUUGGUGAGCUUGGUGCUUUCCUUCCCAGCUGUGCACUGUCAUGACUUCAGAGGCGUCAGCUUAGCUGUCGGUGUCCUUCACCUUUUUCAUUUGGUUACCAUGGCACAUAUUGUACAGAUUCUACUUACAUCUUCAACAGAGGAAAAUAAUAUGGAUCAGGAGAGUACUGAUGGAGAUGAAGAAUCUGCUGCCUUUACUUUGUAUGACAAACUCAGGCAAUACUCUGGAAGUGCCUUGAAUUUUAUGGCCUCUGGCUGGCACCUCUGGCAAUAUAUCAAGACCGGAAUCAUGCCCUAUCUACGAUGCUCUGCUUUGUUCUUUCACUACCUUAAUGGUGUCCCAGUACCAGUUGAACUGCAAGAGAUUGGACCACACCAUUUUGAACUGUUGUGUCAUUAUCUUUCUCUGCCAAUAAACUUAAUGAGUCUUUUCCAGACAAACAGUGAUACUAUUGAGCCAUUGAUGCAAAAAUGGUGUGGAGCUGCAGAAGUGCUGAACUUUGUGAAAGGGGAGAGAAAAGCUAUUAGUUAUCCCAGGGAGUCAAAUAAAUUGAUAGACCUUCCCGACGAUUAUAGUUGCCUCAUAAACCGGGCAUCCUGUUUUACAUGCCCGAAAUCUGGUGGCGAUAAAAGUCGAGCACCAACUCUUUGCUUGGUGUGUGGUGGAAUGCUGUGUUCUCAGAGCUACUGCUGCCAGACGGAGCUAGAAGGUGAAGAUGUUGGGGCUUGCACUGCUCAUACAUAUACCUGUGGGUGUGGAGUUGGAAUUUUUUUGCGAGUUCGGGAAAGUCAGGUCCUGUUCCUAGCUGGAAAAACAAAAGGGUGUUUUUACCCACCACCCUACCUGGAUGAUUAUGGAGAGACAGAUCAGGGACUGAGACGAGGAAACCCACUUCAUUUGUGCAAAGAACGAUACAGGAAACUACAGAAACUGUGGCAGCAACAUAGCAUUACAGAAGAGAUUGGUCACGCACAAGAAGCAAAUCAGACACUAGUUGGCAUCGACUGGCAACACUUGUGAUUUAUUGUCAAUAGAACAGACACUUGGCACAUCUGAAGCAAAAAAAACUCUCGUGGGAAGUCAGAGGAUCAGGUUAAAUGAAAUACACCUCAGGCGACCCAUUUUUGGAACACUUGCUCCUUAUUUACAGUAACAACAUGUUACAUAACUCUUCACCUGUCAUUAAGAAAAUGUGGAACGCUUGUGAAGUGCAUUAUUUUAGAUGUCAUUUGCUUUAUUUGCACUUAAAAUCUCCUCAACAGUGAAACAUUUUGGGUAAUAAAGCCCACAUUUUCAAAAUAGCUGAAUUUUAUUUUGAAUCCAAAUUAUUUAUCAGGUUUUAGACUAAUACAAUAUUGACAUCCAAAGUGUGUUUCUGUGCUCUAUAGUUAGUGGUGUUUGAUUAACAAUGUGGGUCGUCAGAAAUAAGUUGCUGAACUUCAAUUGAAAGCAAUAUUUUUAAAUUCUUGCUUUCCCUCUCUAUCCUGGUUUCUUUCAACGGUCAACUUGGUUGCACCAAUUUGAGAAUGUGCAUUUUUUAGGUGUGCAUCUGCUUUCAGUCAAGUAAUCUAAAAUUGAGUACGUUGGUCACCAGUACAUGAUAAAGCUUCCUCCAUUAGAAAAAAAUAAUUGUCAUUUGAGGUUAAGAAUCUGACUCCUUGUGCUCUGAUAAAAGGUAUUAUAAAAUGCAUUGAAAGGAUCAAUAGGGCUAUGUUAAUUUUAAAAAUGGUAGCCUUAUUAUUGAAGAGAUAUCGUGUAUCAGGCUAGUUCAUGGUAAUCAUUAGUGAGAAGAAUUGAUCAUCAUGAACUACGCUAUUAAUGGGAAUGAUGGUCGGUGAAGAGAAAAUGGUUCAAUUUUUAUUCUUUUAAUCUUUGCUUAUUUAAAGCAUUCCAUUAUGAAUUAUUUGCUUAUGAUUAUGUUCUGGUUUGCUCUUCGCGGCUACAAACAACAAAACCCACGAUAAAGACCCUUUAAUUCCUUUAUUCUUUUGCUGCAGUCGAUCAUUAAUUUAUUCAGACAUGACAUUCUCGAAACAAUCAAAAAGAAACAGAAUAAAAUGGGUCAUAUAAUUAGUAUUGUUCUGAAGGGAAAAAAGACAUUCAGCACACCAGUAAGCAUUUUAUCUCAUCAGUUUCACCAGUGCAAGAUUUUAUUUAGUAAGAUGAGGAAAUGGAUUGUGUUAAUACCUUUUUAAGGAGUCGCAUCUAAUUCACACUUAUACCUUUGUGUACUAGGGUGUAUUAAUUAGCAUACAAAUGUGCCACAUAUCACUUUAUUCUAAGUCAGAAUUAGAGUUGGAUGGUUAAAAGGUAAGCCAAGUGAUCAAAAAUGGGAAGAUCGUCAUGUUCAUAACUAUAAUUAGAAGAAUUGAUCAGUACUUUAGGAGUUGACAAAGUUAACAGUUCGUCUUGUCCAGAGUGAUAUCUCCUCAUUUUUUCAGAAUUAAGUAAAAAUCCUCGUGCAGUAAAUUUAAGAGGAAUGAACAGCAAUAUAAUGUAUUUUAAAGGGGAACUCCAGUUAAUUAUGACACGAUGGGGUUUUCAGUACAAAACUUAAUUAAUCUUCAACAACACCGUUUAGAAUCAUACAAAAUCGAAUAAAGGGGACGAAAGUCCAUUCUGGACUGAAAAUCAAGUGCAAUAACAGAUAAUUUUUGAGUUAGUAUAUAAAGAUCAGGAAAGGAUAUGGAAUUUUAACUAACGUCGGUGAUAAGCUUGCCAAAAUUAAAAAAAAUAAUUGUUGAAAGAUCAUUUGUUUUCCAGCCUGUUUCAGGUGAGUUCUUUUUUUUAAUCUAUUGUCAGUUAACUUUGGAGAUGUUGCCUUGAUUGUGUACCUAUAAUAAUCCCAGCCCAUUUCAUCCUGGCAAUCAUUUUUUUCAGAAGAUGAAAAUGAAAGAGAAAAGCCAUUUAGCUCAUGCACCUCAAAAGAUCUGUGUUCUGUUUUCAUUUAUUUCUCUAGUCUAGUAUCUUUCAUGUUCUACCCUGACUAAAACUUCAUUUAUUUACAUAUUACUCUGACAUCAGAUGCGUUUCUUGUUAGUUUGAUCAUGUCACCCCAAGUCCCACGUUUGUGGUUUAGUGUGCCAUUGUCUAAUAUUCAUUCUCAAUUAAUUUUAUUCAAGCUUGAAAAGCUAAAGCAUCUCCAGUCUUUCUUUGCUCCGAAGGCAGCCUGUGAAUAAGAAAGGGCCUGUCCCACUUGGGCGUCAUUUACGCGGCAUCAUUUACGCGUCGUGACGCGCGCAUGGCAUGUGGCGAGGUGUGGUGGUGUUGGCAGUAAUGCGCGGCGCCCCAGGAUUUUAGGAUUCUCAAAAUCCUCGCGCGCCACCUGCGUGACGCGCAAAUGACGCCCAAGUGGGACAGGCCCUUAAAGAGCACUGUAGUGACUUUUGUCUGAAUUAGUCCCUUUUGUGUUGAUGGUUGAAAUAAUUACAGAGCAUCGAAAAUAUGUGAGAAUCAACUUGGGGAUCCUCAAAUGUUCAAAGAAUUUUGACUAUUAUUGUUUUUGCCUUGCCCUGUGAUUUUAGAAAAGAGCUAUUUUUCGGUUUGCUGUGUCAACACAGGUAGUGACUACUAAAAAAUUGAUAAUUUAUCUGACAAAUUUUGGAUGCGUGCAUUGACAAAAUUGGAGUAUUUUACAGUGCUUGAAAUGAAACACUGAAACAGUGCUUAAAAUAUUAAACUCUUUAAACUUGAAGAAUGCCAUGCAAAUUUGGUGCACUUUAAGAUUUACUGAAUUUCGCUUAUUUGGGGGAUAAUUUUGCUGUUUUUCCUCUUAUUGCUGCUUACAAAUGUAUACUCUUGGUGAAGUAAAUUCCAUGCUGUCCAAUAUUCUACCUUUGCUAAUACUAACAGCAAAAAUAUUUGAUCUUCCACGUAAACAAUGGGAAGCUGCAAACAAAAUUGAAACAGGACACUUCACUAGUAUAUGAAGUGAGCUAACUGCAUUUGAAUGUUGUUAUCAAGUAUAGACACAAUCCCACUUGAAGUACUACAUCUUUUAAAAAUUGAUUUAUUCUGUUUUAAACGGCAUCAAGGAAUGAAGAUAUUUACUGCCUGAAUAAACAUGAAAAUUCGCAGGUGCUGCAGUUUGAAUAUAACAUAGGAUAUACUUGGUCUUCCAGAUAUUUGUUUUCACUUGAUUUAAAUGCAGAUUAAUGUGAAAGUGAGGUAAUUCCAUUUACCUACUGUUGGCUGACACUUCUGUGGAUAUAGACAUUAUCGCGACAUUACUGAGAAUUUUUUUUUUUUUUAAUUUUAAAGUAAUGUACAUAUUUACUGAAACAGAAAGCACACCUGUUUUAAUUUACUUUCACAUGUCCUUAAAUUGACAACAUUCUCUUGUAUUGUGCAAUUUUCUCAUGGAAACAUUUAGCAUGCAUUUACAUUCACUGUAGAAAUGUUUAUAAAAACAAAUACUUUCGAUAUUUGGGAGAAUACUUGUAAUAAAUGGGCUGUUAAUAUAUGUUGAAUUAAUGUAUAAUUGGUACUAUGUACUAUAUGUAAAAAGCUAAAGAUUGAAAAUAAAUGCUUUAGGUGUUGAAA